UUAAGAACUAUACUGUGUCAGAGUUAAGAGAUGUUGUAGGUUUGAAUACAAUACCACAUCUACACGCUAGCGACGCGACAGCGAGAUCGCAUUCCAGGAACAUUCCAGUUGUGACGCCUUCGAGCUCAAGAACCACCCAAUGAACGCCGUGACUCCGCCCGAAGUCAGGUGCACUAGACUUACCCCCACUGUCCUCGGUCAAAUCACUUCAUCUCACUCUCGAGACCACAAAGAAACUCCGCAAGUUAACGUGCUGAUUUGAACUCACCUGGGCGGAUAUAUAUCAUGGAUUUGAUCUGAAUCGUUUUGUAGGCUAACAGGAGGUGAGAGCAACAGCAGACAGGAUGAGUUGGGGAGCACUUUAUGCCCAGCUGGGAGGAGUAAAUAAACACUCCACUAGCCUGGGAAAGAUCUGGCUGUCUGUCCUCUUCAUCUUUCGCAUUAGCAUCCUUGUAAUAGCCGCCGAAACAGUCUGGGGGGAUGAGCAGUCCGACUUCACCUGUAACACACAGCAGCCCGGCUGCAAAAACGUCUGCUACGACCACUUCUUUCCAGUCUCACACAUCCGUCUCUGGUGCCUGCAGCUCAUCUUUGUGUCUACACCGGCUUUGAUGGUGGCUAUGCAUGUGGCAUAUCGCAAACAUAAUGUAAAGAAAAGACUUUUGGCCAACCGAGGUGGCGGUGCCAAAGGGGAAGACCUGGAGAGUCUGAAGAAUAGGCGUCUACCCAUCACUGGGCCGCUGUGGUGGACCUACACCUCCAGCCUGUUCUUCAGGCUCCUUUUCGAGGCCGGAUUCAUGUACGCUCUGUAUUAUGUCUAUGAUGGGUUUCAGAUGGCCCGUCUUGUGAAGUGUGAGCAGUGGCCCUGUCCCAAUAAAGUUGACUGCUUUAUCUCACGACCAACAGAGAAGACAGUCUUCACCAUCUUCAUGGUGGGAUCUUCUUCAAUCUGCAUUGUGCUCAAUGUGGCUGAACUGGCCUACCUGAUUGUCAAAGCAUUGCUGAGGUGCUCAGCCAGAGCCAAAGGAAGGCACGCUUUUGUUCACCAAGAUAAAAUGUCCACAGAAAAAGCAAACUUGCAGAAUGAAAAGAACGCAAGGUUGCUGUCAUCUGCUUCGGACUCCUUGAGCGAUAAGACUGUUUAAGAUUAUCCUUACAUCCAGUGACUGAUUCUACCAACAUGGUUAUAGGCUUGUGAUGACAGUGUUUUAAAGGUGACCAAACACACACAGUUUCACCCAAUCUCAUGUUAAUCUUGACGAUCUAUAAAGUAGUAUUGCAUUCUUCAUAUCUCCAAAAAGUCUUAAGUUUUAUAAUUUUUAUACAAGAAAGAUACACCUUUCCGAUUCUCUAAAGAGUGAGGAGCACUUAAGCGCUGAUUGCCAACAAAACUGAGACAUUUGAUGCAGUUUCACUUACGAAUCGUGACCGGGAUCUUUC